AUGUGUGUGAACCGUUUCCAGUCUACGCUGAGCAGCAGCACGCUGCUGAGCUCGAGCCAUUUGGGAGACUCCCCGUUCUACCCGGGAAAAACCACAUAUGGAGGGGCCGCCGCCGUCAGGAGCUCCCGCACUCGCCCUGGAACACCCUAUCAGGUGACUUAUCAGCACUGGCCGGCGAAUGUCCCCACCUCCAAAACGGCGUCCCUCCCUCAGCUUUGGUCCCCGGAGAUGGACCGAACAAACUCUGGACCUCAGCCGUCCCAGGCGGGUCUCAAAAAGCCUUCUUUCAACCUGUCUGUGUUUGGAACCUCGUCCAAUGUGAGUAUUAUCCACAAGCGUGUCGCUGUGAACAGCCUGCUGGGUCUCUCUGGUCCUCUAUGGGCGUCUCUAAUGGACUCGGCUCUCCCCCCGGUGCAGAAACUCGUGGUUCCUUCGGUGGCUUCCUUCUCCUCCAACCGGGCCGUGUCCUUCCGGCCCACCCUGACCCCGGGGGGGCCGGGCCGGGCCCUGGACCGGCCCCCGAGGGAGAAAACGGUAAGCAGCGGGGAUCACAGGCCGACUCUGGGAGACUCGAUAGGGCCCACAAGACAAUCACCACAACUCCCCGAAGCAUCCCCAGGUCCCUCUCAAAGCACAACGGGCUUCGGCGGCCCGGCCUAUCCUCUGUCCAGCACCCCGGCCAUCAGCCUGAGCUCCGGAGGGGGGAAGAUCAAGAGGGAGAGGAGCAGCAUGCGGCCCUCCAAGCGGGCCGAGGAAGACGAGAGGGACCUGGGGAGGCUUCGGGGAGUUGUGGUGAUUGUCUUGUGGGCUGCAGGAAUAAAGGCCCGGCCCGGCCCCCCCGGGGUCAGGGUGGGCCGGAAGGACACGGCCCGGUUGGAGGAGAAGGAAGCCACCGAAGGAACCACGAGUUUCUGCACCGGGGGGAGAGCUGAGUCCAUCUGGGGGUCAGAAAAGGAUCCACCAAAGGCCUCCACACCUCCCUCUGCUCCCUUCACCUUCUCCUCCCCUAUAGUCAAAGCCACUGCUCAUAGCCCGCCUUCCUACUCCCCAUCUACUGGGUUUACGUUCAGUGCUCCGGUGGCGAAGCUGGGCCCCUCCCUUUCCAACGGGAAGCUCUCCGCCCCCACGGCAGCACCAGGCUUUAGCUCCGCUGCUCCUCUGACUGCCCCGGGUCCCGACUCCGCCCCCCCCGCCCUGUUGCCCCCCCCCUCCCUCCCCUCGCCCGCGGGGGGGUUCGGCGGGCUGUUGAAGCCGUCCUCGGACUGGAGCUGCGACGUCUGCCUGGUUUCCAACAAGCAGUCGGACGCCAAAUGCCCCGAGGGGAGCUGGGACUGCGACACCUGUCUGGUGCGGAACAAAAUGGAGGCGGUGAAGUGCGUGGCCUGUGAAACGGCCAAACCCGGAACCGGACUCAAGCCCUCGCUCACUUUCCCGUCGGCCUUCUCCGCCGUGAAGACUGUGUCCGCGCCCACGGCCCCAGUUUCCACGGGUUUCGCUGGAUUUGGAGAUAAAUUCAAGAAGCCCGAGGGCGCGUGGGAAUCCGCGGCGGAAGUCUCCUCCUCGGCCCCGGCGUUCGGGCUGGGAGACAAGUUCAAGAAGCCGGAGGGAGCCUGGGACUGCGACGUGUGUCUGGUGCAGAAUAAAGCUGCAGACCUGCAGUGCCCUUCGGUUCUUCCUUUGGCUCCACCGGGACCUCAGGAUCGUCCACGUUUGGCUCCUCUACUUCGGGAGGAUUUAAGUUUGGCACAUCGGACAGUUCUACUUCUGGAUCUGGAGGCUUCAAGUUCGGCGCCUCCAAUUCGGAGUGGAUUCAAAUUCGGGGUCCCGUCUGGAAACGCCUCAUCGGAACCCACCUCUAAAGACACUACUUCCUCAUCAGGGUUUAAAUUCGGCGGCUCCUCUGAGGGCUUUAAGUUUGGGACUUCUAGCGACGACAAAAAGUCGGAGCAACCUACUGACAACUCCGGGUUCAAGUUCGGAGCCAGUGGCGGAAUAGUUUUUGGAACUGGAUCCUCUACUAGCACGGAAACCAACUCCUCCAAAGGGGGAUUCACCUUCGGACUGUCGAAGCCCGAAGAGAAACCCUCAGAAUCCGUUUCCUCCUCUUCCUCCUCUGUUCGAUUCAAUUCUCCUUCGCCCUCUCAAGAAAAAACUGAAAAUGCGUUAUCCUCUAACGAAGGCGUUUCCUCGAACCCCAAACCGAACCCCAAAGGCUCGGUGUUUUCCCGCCUGGGGGAGCCAAUCCCGUCCCCCGGAACGUUAAAGGAGCCGGCCACGCCCGUUUUCAGCUUCGGGAAGCCUGAGAAGAAGGAGGAGAAGAAGGAGGCGGGGGCUGUGGGCGCCCCCCCCCCGGCUCCCUCCGGGUUCUUGUUCGGGGGAUCGGGGAAGGAGGCGGACGCCCCCCCGCCGCCGGCGUUCGCCUUCGGAAAACCGGCGGAGAAAAGCGAGGCGCCGCCCGCCGCCUUCAGCUUCGGGCAGAGCGCCGCAGGUGGCCGGCCUUUUCCUUCAUGGCCAAUAACCCGACCUCCACCCCCCCGACCUCCUCCACCUCCACCCCGACGCCCGGCCUGUGUGGGCCAGCGGACAGCAGCAGCUCUACAGCGCCCCCCCGUGGGGCCCCCCCCCCCCCGCCCCCCCCCCGCCCAGGCCCCCCCCAGCUCCUUCGUGUUCGGCCAGCCUUCCUCCUCCUCCUCCAGUGAUGCUCCGGCUAAAACCUUCGUCUUUGGCCAGACUCAGGACAGCCAGCCUUCUGCCCCCCCCACCGCCGCCCCGCCCUUCAUCUUCGGGGCCCCCCCCGCCGGGGCCCCCCCCGCCAGCACUACCACAGCUGCUCCCUCCUUCGCUUUCGGGGCAACAGCGCCCCCUGCUGCCUCCUCAGCAGCUCCCUCUGCAGCCCCCUCCCCGUUCGUCUUCUCUCCGGCCCCCUCCGGGGGUUUCCAGACCCCUUCCUUUGGCUCGACCUUUGGCUCCCCCUUCACCGCCACCGCCUCCCCGAGCCCCGCCUUCGGCGCCAAGCCCAACGCCGCCGCCCCGGUGUUCGCCCAGCAGACCAACUCCACCCCGGUGUUUGGGGCCGCCAGCUCCACUCCAGGUGGGGGGUUCCAGUUCGGGGGGGCCGGUGGGUUCGGGGCCUCUAGCCCCGCCCCCUCGGGCGUUUUCACCUUCGGGGCGGGCUCCGCUAAGUCUUUCGCUGCGUCUCCGGCCGGACCGCCGCAGGCCAUCGCCGGCCGCAAGAUCAAGACCGCCGUGCGGCGCAGGAAGUAG